AUGUGUCAGGCAGAGUUCAAUUGCAAGACGCCACUGGUAGCUACAGUGCAGACUGAGCAUUCGCUAUGGCAGCCCAAACUCAUGUACCUCAUCAGCAACGCGUGGACGUCUGCGCAGAGUAACUUCCUGAGCAUAUUCUACCAGCAGAUGGCACAAUUCACCAAAGUGCAGAUUGGCUUCUUGCAAACGUUGCCUUGCUUGUGCACUAUGCUGGCCCCUCCGUUCUGGGGCGUCGUUGCUGACCGUAUUGAAAACCAACGACUCAUCCAUAUUGUCUGCAUUAUUACGGGUGCAUUGCUCAUGUUCGCGGUGCGCUUCUUCUACUGGUCUUUUGACUGGAUGGUCGUUGUCAUUAUAGUGUCUAACUUCCAGGUGGCCCCGACUGGAUCGUUGCUGGAUCACACAGUUCUCAACCUCUUAGACAAAGUCGGCGGUGAAUACGGCAAGCAGCGGUUAUUUGGUGCGCUCGGUUACGGUCUCGGUGCCUAUGUCACGGGUCUUAUCGUGGCCGUUGCUGGCAUCUCGUGGUCAUUUAACGUCAGCUUGGGACUCGGUCUAACGUCUCUGCUUGUACUGCGUACGAUUCCUCCAAUGCAGCACAGUCGAUUGUUAAAUGAUGCUGUUUUGGAGUAUGGCGCAGUAAAGCCGCCAUCGUUCAUGGAAAACGCUCGGAUGAUUUACAAAAUGGGGGAUGUACUUGUGCUGUUAAAUGUGGUAUUCCUCAUGGGGCUUAUGUAUGGUGUAUUGUCUAGCUUUCUUACCUUGAACUUGUAUAAUCUUUCGGGUAAGAAUGCACAAAUUGUAGGCAUUGCCAUCAUGUGUGAAACAGCUUCCGAAUUACCGGCCUUCUUCUACUCUCAUAAAAUUAUCAAUCGAUUUGGUAUUGUUAAUGUAUUGCUGCUGUCCAUAAUAGGUUACGCUCUUCGCGUCUCUUAUUAUGCUGUCAUGACUAAUGCAUGGGGUGCUAUUCCUUUUGAAUUUUUACAUGGUGUUACAUAUGGAUUAGCAUGGGCAGCAUGUACACAGUACGUCUAUUCAGCAGCUUCUCCUGGUUGUCAAGGAACUAUUAUGGGUGUACUUAAUGCAGUACAAAAUGGUCUUGCACGUGGCAUGGGGACACUUAUUGGUGGGUACUUUUAUGAGCAUUAUGGUGCUCGUACCAUGUGGCUAGUUGCAGAUCUUGGUGUGCCUCUUGCCCUCAUUGGCUUGGGUGUUUUUGCACACUUUAAGAGCAAAAAGAACGUGGUGCAAGGAACGUUCUUGGAAGAAGCUGAGCUCUUCUCUCCCCAUGCUGGGAAUCCGCAAAGACUCAAGUCAGACAUGGAUCAGACCUAUCACGAGAUUCCGUAG